CAACCCCACGUCUGGCUCGAGAAGUGACGUGAAGCGGAGCGGGAGUUCUGCAUCAUUACUCGCACCAAACAUUGAUGGUCAAUUGAUUCAACUGAACGAAUGUCGAGAAUGGCUUCCUGUAUCUUUUGCAAAAUCAUCAAGGGCGAGAUCCCUUCGAUGAAGGUCUUCGAAAGCGAGAAGACAUUUGCUUUCCUCGACAUCAAUCCGCUCAGCGCGGGACAUGCACUCGUUAUUCCCAAGCACCACGGCGCAAAGCUCACCGACAUUCCCGACGACUCCUUGACCGAGCUUCUCCCUGUGGCCAAGAAGAUCGCAUUGGCCACGGGCGCCGAGCAGUUCAAUAUUCUGCAGAACAAUGGUCGGAUGGCACAUCAAUUGGUCGAUCAUGUGCAUAUUCACAUGAUCCCCAAGCCGAAUGAGACGGAGGGUUUGGGCAUCCAAUGGCCUCAGCAGAAUCCGGGCAAGGAGAAGCUGCAGAAGCUUUUGGAGGAGAUUAAGGCGAAGAUGUGAAACAUGACUUGCUCGUGCAAUAUGGAUAU